AUGAAUUGUUUUCUUUACAUGAUCAAGAAUCCGUAUUGGAUUCACAGUUUAGUACGUUCUAGUUUGAACAAUGAUUAUACACAGACACAUGACGUGAUAAUACUUCUAAAGAAAUAUCCGUUUUCAAAAUUAACUAAAAUUCAAGCUAGUCAGAUAGAACUUUUGACACAAGUUUUCACGCAAGAAUCAUUGAUAAUAAAAGUUGGAAAUCUUGAAUUUGGAGUUCCAGUUUUGGCAUCGGUUGCUGACAAUGCUCUAGCAUACUUCUUCGUUGUUACACAGUUCAUUCAAAUGUUCAAAUAA